AGGCUGUUACUUGAUAUUAAGCCCCAAAACAUAACGAGUCUGCUUCUAAUAUAGGCAAUUAUUAUAAUUUAGUUAGCGUACACACAAGUAACCCAUUUGUUUUUCUUUUCAAUGAACAUCACAUGUUUCGUUCCUGCCUGUGUCAAGUGAUCUUGAAUCACGUGUUUUUCGAGAAGGGUUGUGCAGAAAAAUACUAUUGGUGUUUUUCAUUAAUGACGAAUGGAAAGCAGAUUUGGGAACUUCCUCAAACGUUUGUUCAAGUACAAACGUGUUUCACUUAACGUUUAAUUUUUUGCGCUCUCGUAGACAAAGGAAUAGGAUAUAACAUCACGGAUUUACAGAUCUUGUCAGUCAUCAUGGUGUAGACCCCAUCCACUAAAGUGUGAGGCUGCUAUUUGUGAAUUAUGAUCAACAGUCAAAAUGAGGACCAUUUGCACAGAGCAGUUCUUCCUCAUGUCUCUCUACUUUACAGUGCUUCACACAAUUCCGGCCCCUGUCAACUUUACAAUAUUGUCUCAUAACUUCAAGCACAUUUUACAGUGGAGCCCUGGAAUAAAUUCUCCUCCACAGACUGUUUUCAGUGUAAAUCGAAGCUGUAAUGAAAAAAAACCUCAACGUCUGCAUAAGAACAUAAGAAAUAUGACGGUAGAUGUCUCUGAAACAUUUCAAGACAUCUAUACAUCCUGCACAUUCUUUCUUUGGGCAUCGGUUGACAACAUGACAUCAUCGAUAGUUAAUAAAAGAUUUACACCAUAUGAAGACACAAUCAUAGGUCCACCCAUUAUAUUUCUGUCUGGCUGUGGAGACUGUCUGAAUAUCAGCAUCUCUCUACCCAGUGAAUCAAGUGAAGUAGAUCAACUGCAUCAGUUUUAUAAUUCUGUGAACUUCGAUAUAAAUUGGAAGGAAGCUGGAGAGAAUGAGGCCAACCUGAUCUCUACAUCAAGAAAACAGUAUGUCCUGCAGAAUCUUCAGCCUGGUAAUCAGUACUGUGUUAAAGUACUUCCCCAAAUCAAUUUCAACCGCAACACUAAACCAUCUGCUUGGCAGUGUGAAUACACUAGUAAAAAGGAGCCAAGAGGAAUGCUUUAUUUAAUGAGUUGGUCACUGGGAGUGUCAGUGUCAGGUUUAGGUCUGCUGGUGCUUGCUGUGAGUCUGGUUUACACUGGAUCUAUAUGUAAACCCAAGACCCCUCUUCCUAAAACACUGGGUAACAUCACUGAAGCGUACUUUCUGAUUCCUGAACAGACAUUAUCUGAGAGAUUAUUACUGACUGAUUCACAGUUAAUCAUUGCAUCUAAAAAUCAUCCCUCCGAAAACAACAACCCACUGAAUGCAGUGGAAGAUCCAAAAAGCAAGCAAAUUGAAGACGAGGAAAACUAUGUCAACAAGGCAGAUACAGAGGAUGAGGAAGAAGAUGAAGGCAACUGCAACUACGCUGAUUGUGUAAAUGACAGAAGUGGUUGGGAAACUAAUAAUAGUGAAGUGAAGCCUAUAGAUUCAGUUUUGACUCUCCAUAACAGUUCAGGAAUCCACCAUACAAAAGAAAUAGCCAUGGAAAAAAUCCAUCAUGAUGAAUUUGAUUGUAAAAAGCUAUUUGUAUUACACAUGCCUGCAGAUAGAAGCAGCCAUCUUGAAGACAAAAAUGCUGAGUUAGAAUUGAAGGGAAAUCAAGAUGGUUCAGCGGAUGUCUCAGGGAACAUCAACUUGUUUUCAGUCACUUUGAGGCCUCUGGGACCAAAGGAUGAUUUGGAUGAGGAGGCCUGUAAACCUCUCUUUCCCAAGUUAGUGGAAAGUGAAGUUCAAGAAUUAUCGACUUCUCACAUUAGUCUACUGGAGAGACAGCAAUCCGAAAGCCAAGAUCUCCUUUUUCUAUGUUCUUCUGAUUUGGACAUGAGGACUGAGCAUGACACAAUGUCAGGAUAUAUGGUGACCCAUACAGGAAACAUGCAUGAACAAAACAGGUCCUUUCCAGAGGGGACAGACUGUGAUACAGACUAUAUGUCACGGUAAAGACAAUAUUUAUUUAAAGACAUGUUGAACAUGUUCACAAUAAAAAUGUUUAUAAAAUGUUCAUAAUAAAAAUGGUAAAAUGUAAAAUAAAAUGUUGAUAUAUGCAUAUACUGUAUAUGAGAAAAGAAAAAAACAGUACUUUUGAAAAGUUUGGGAACAUUACUAUUUUAAAUGUUUUUAAUCAAGUCUCUUCUGCUCACCAAGGCUGCAUUUACACUAAUAUUGUGAAAUGUUAUGCUUUUAUUCAGCAAAUAUGCAUUGAAUUGGUCAAAUUUGACAGUAAAAGCAGUUACAAAUUAUUCUAUUUCAAAUAAAUGCUGUUCUUUUUAACUUUCUAUUCAUCAAAGAAUCCUGAAAAAAAUUCCAAAAAAUAUUUAGCAGCAAAAACAUUAUUAUUAUUAUUAUUAUUAUUAUUAUUAUUAUUAUUGAUGAUAAUAAGAAUCAUUAUUUGUGUGACAAUUGAAUUCUGGAGUAAUGCUGAAAAUUCAGCUUUUCAUCACAGGAAUAAAUUACAUUUUAAAAUAAAUCCACAUAGAAAAUAUUUCAAACCAUAAUCAUGUUUCACAAUAUUACUGUUUUGUUUGUUUGUUUUUCCGUAAUUACAUUGUGUAUUGUCACUCAGCCCAGUACUGGAUCUGUAACUUUGAAGCUUGACAUAGUGUUGACUCGGUAUGAACCUAAAUUUUGGAACAGUUAGAAAAAGAAGAGUAAGAAAUGGAAACUAAAUAUAACAUACUUUUUAACAUACUUUUUGUCUUAUAUAAUUCUAAAUGUAAGUGGCAAUGAGUGUAUGUAAAAUGAAAUUGAUGAAUUUUGAAUCAGCCUAGCAAAGAUGACCUUCAAAAAAAAAAAAAAGAAUGUUCUGAAAUAAUGAGCUUUUUUCCCCUU